CGGCAGGGGAGGGGGAUCCGCCGGGCGGGCGGCCGGGGCCAUGGCGCUGGAGACCCUCUCCCCGGACUGGGAGUUCGACCGCCUCGACGACGGCUCGCAGAAAAUCCACGCUGAAGUGCAGUUGAAGAAUUAUGGGAAGUUUCUUGAGGAGUAUACAUCUCAGCUGAAGAGAAUUGAAGAUGCUUUGGAUGACUCAGUUGGAGAUGUUUGGGACUUCAGUCUUGAUCCCAUUGCAUUAAAGCUUUUGCCAUAUGAACAGUCUUCUCUGUUGGAGCUCAUAAAGACAGAAAACAAGGUUCUGAACAAAGUAAUAACUGUUUAUGCAGCCCUUUGCUGUGAGAUCAAGAAAUUAAAGUAUGAGGCGGAAACUAAAUUUUAUAAUGGMCUCUUGUUUUAUGGAGAAGGAGCCACAGAUUCCAGCAUGGUGGAGGGAGAUUGCCAAAUMCAGAUGGGAAGAUUUGUUUCUUUCUUGCAGGAGUUAUCUUGCUUUGUUACCCGGUGUUAUGAAGUGGUGGUGAAUGUUGUGCAUCAGUUGGCUGUUCUCUAUACCAGCAACAAGAAUGCACCAAAAAUUAUAGAGACGUCGGGAGUUCAUUUUCAGACAAUGUAUGAGCACCUGGGGGAAUUGCUGAUGGUGUUAAUCACCCUGGAUGAAAUAAUUGACAAUCAUGCCACUCUCAAAGAUCACUGGACUAUGUACAAGAGAUUGCUGAAAUCUGUUCAUCACAACCCUUCAAAGUUUGGGAUUCAAGAAGAUAAAUUGAAACCGUUUGAAAAGUUGCUGUUGAAACUGGAAUGCCAGUUACUGGAUGGAAUGAUAUUUCAGGGCUGUAUAGAACAACAGUUUGAUUCCAUAAAUGGUGGCGUGUCCGUGUCAAAGAACAGCACAUUUGCUGAAGAAUUUGCUCAUACCCUGCGCACAAUUUUUGCAAACAUUGAAACGAAACUUGGUGAACCUUCAGAAAUAGAYCAGAGGGAUAAAUAUGUAGGAAUCUGCGGCCUCUUCGUGUUGCAUUUUCAGAUUUUUCGGACCAUAGACAAGAAAUUUUACAAGUCGCUGUUAGAUGUCUGCAAGAAGGUACCAGCCAUCACAUUAACUGCUAACAUUAUAUGGUUUGCUGAUAACUUUCUGGUUCAGAAGACACCAGCAGCUGCAAAACUUCUGGAUAAGAAAAGYAUCCAUGCAGUUAAAAUGCAAAGGGAGAAUUUUCUACAGCAAAAGGCGCAGUCACUCACCAAAGACAUGCAGUCGUAUUACGUCUUUGUGAGCUCGUGGAUGACAAAAAUGGAAUCGCUGUURACGAAGGAGCAACGGAUGGAUAAGUUUGCUGAAGAUCUUUCUCACCGCUGCAAUGUCUUCAUUCAGGGUUUUCUUUAUGCAUACAGUCUUAGCACCAUCAUUAAGACCACAAUGAAUCUCUACAUGUCAAUGCAAAAACCUAUGACCAAAACAUCAGUGAAAGCUCUGUGCAGACUUGUGGAACUUCUCAAGGCAAUAGAGCACAUGUUUUACCGAAGGAGUAUGGUUGUGGCAGACUCGGUGACACACAUCACCCAGCAUCUGCAGUACCAGGCUCUUCACUCUAUUUCUAUAGCUAAGAAAAGAGUCAUUUCUGAUAAGAAGUACAGCGAACAACGCCUGGAUGUUCUCUCUGCUUUGGUGUUGGCUGAGAACACCCUCAACGGACCCUGCACGAAACAGAGGCGCCUCAUAGUUUCCCUUGCGUUGAGUGUGGGAACGCAGAUGAAAACUUUUAAAGAUGAAGAACUCCUUCCCCUUCAGUUAGUUCUGAAAAAGCUAGACUUGAUCAGUGAGCUUGUGGAGCGCGUUCAAGCACAAUGUGACUGUUGUUUCUUAUACUGGCAUCGAGCAGUCUUCCCGAUCUACUUAGAUGACGUCUAUGAAAAUGCUGUUGAUUCUGCUAGACUGCAUUAUAUGUUUAGUGCACUACGAGACUGUGUACCUGCUAUGAUGCACGCAAGACACUUGGAAUCCUAUGAGGUUCUUCUGGAAUGCUACGACAAAGAAAUCAUGGAAGUGCUCAAUGAGCACCUGCUGGACAAAUUAUGUAAAGAGAUAGAAAAAGACCUACGCCUGUCAGUUCAUACACACCUAAAACUUGAUGACAGAAAUCCCUUCAGAGUUGGUAUGAAGGAUCUAGCUCAUUUCUUCUUUCUGAACCCGAUACGUUUUUUCAAUCGCUUCAUUGACAUAAAAGCUUAUGUGACACACUAUUUGGACAAGACCUUCUACAACUUAACAACUGUAGCUCUUCAUGACUGGGCUACCUAUAGUGAAAUGAGAAACCUAGCAACUCAGCGAUAUGGUUUGAACAUGACUGAAGCACAUCUUCCCAGCCAGACUCUGGAACAGGGUCUGGAUGUUUUGGAAAUCAUGAGAAAUAUUCAUGUUUUUGUGUCUCGCUACCUCUACAAUCUGAAUAAUCAGAUAUUCAUUGAAAGAACUAGUAAUAACAAACACUUGAACACUAUCAAUAUCCGGCAUAUUGCUAAUUCAAUCCGAACUCACGGAACAGGCAUCAUGAACACAACAGUGAACUUCACUUACCAAUUCUUGAGGAAAAAGUUUUAUAUCUUUAGCCAGUUCAUGUAUGAUGAGCAUAUCAAAUCCAGGCUUAUCAAAGACAUCAGAUUCUUCAGGGAAGUCAAGGAUCAAAAUGAUCACAAGUAUCCCUUUGAGAGAGCAGAUAAAUUCAACCGAGGCAUCAGAAAACUUGGAAUGACCCCGGAUGGCCAAAGUUACCUUGACCAGUUCAGACAACUCAUAAGUCAAAUCGGCAAUGGGAUGGGUUACGUGCGAAUGAUAAGAUCUGGUGGACUUCAUUGCUGUAGCAGUGCAAUUAGGUUUGUUCCUGAUCUGGAAGAUAUUGUUAAUUUUGAAGAGCUAGUGAAAGAAGAAGGGCUCUCAGAAGAAACCCAAAAAGCAGCAAGGCAGCUGGACUCCGUGCUCGGCGAUCUCACGCGCAACUUUGCGGAGGGAACGGAGUACUUCAAAAUGCUGGUGGACGUCUUUGCGCCCGAGUUCCGCAGCCCGAAGAACAUGCACCUGCGCAACUUCUACAUCAUCGUGCCCCCGCUGACCCUCAAUUUUGUAGAACAUUCAAUCAGCUGCAAGGAGAAACUGAAUAAGAAGAACAAAAGUGGAGCAGCUUUCACUGAUGAUGGAUUUGCCAUGGGAGUGGCUUAUAUUCUGAAGCUUUUGGAUCAGUACCAGGAGUUUGAUUCGCUGCACUGGUUCCAGUCUGUUCGAGAGAAAUACGUGAAGGAAAUCAGAGCAGUAGCUAAACARCAGAAUGUGCAGUCCACUAAUCAAGACGAAAAACUGCUGCAAACUAUGAACUUGACCCACAAGCGCCUGGAAGUUUGCUUGCAGGAAUUUGAACUGCUUUAUUUCUCACUAAGCAGUGCAAGAAUAUUUUUCCGAGCAGAUAAAACUGCAGCAGAAGAAAACCAGGAAAAGAGAGAGAAAGAAGAGGAAUCUGUUAAGGGAAGCAACGGAGAUCUUGCCAGCUCCGCGCCUGCCGAUCCUGUUGUGAAAUGAUAAAUCCGGUCUGCUGUGCGUSCACAGAAGUCAGGAAACCCCCCGAGCCACGAGGGAACUGCCAGCAGCUCUUCCUCCUGCGACCAGACACUGUGUGAGGGGUGUCUGUUCCUGCCAAGUGAUCUUACCCACCAGGACUCCGGCGUGCCUAACUGCAGGUUGCAGCCUCCCAUCGGUCUUUCCUUGCCUUUGUAGGUCUGUUGUUUUUCCUGUGCUCUUCAUACAGUUUUACCUGCCUGACCAUUAACAAUAAUUGCACUGCAGAUUUCGGAAGCUGCUCAACACUGUGAGAACUCUGUAGAAAUUUAACAUCUUUUAACGCCUGCAAGUAGAAAUUUCUAUACUGUGCAAGAGUUACUCAGAUUCCUGACUUGAACAGGUAGCUAGACUUAGCUUAAAAAUGAGUGCCAGUUUCAUUAAAAGAUACAAUUGUGUUUCAGUGUCCCAGAGUAUAAAACAAGGACUUACUAGCUAGAAUAAACACUCCAGUCAGCCUGAGAUUCACUUUUUUUCUUCCUUUUUGGCCUUUGACKGUACAAUUAGGCUGUAAUUGCCAGCUUCUUUCAUCUCUUCUAAUGACAAAAAAAGAUGAGGUUUUAAGGUAUGUGGUUCCAAUUGCUCUACCCUUGGCUUCCUGAUUAAGAUGAUUCYUGGGAUCCUUGAUAUGUCCUUUUCUGCCGGUCCCUUUAACUCUCAGAAAACCAGAGAUCUUCUGUUGCAACUGGAGAGGCCAGGCUCAUGUGCAAGUCCCUUUGGUGAAAACACGACUGUUGAAAUCCGCUUGAGUUCCUGCAGGCUUUCAGUUUUGAUUCAUUAUCCUUGCAGAGAGACUGCCCUAAGAAGGCUGCGUUCCCUGCCUAACUUUAGGGUGUUUCUCGUGACACCGGCGUGCCGGAGCCUUCCCGCGUGCCCCACACCGCUGGUGGGCUGGUCCAUGGCUCGGCAGAAUGGGCUGCACGUGUUGAUUCCCAYGGGACUGGCUUGCUGGCUACCGUGUACAGUCGGUCAGGGCUUUGCCUGUGCUCUGUGAAACCUGCAGCUCUCCUUCCCCUCGUUUUUUUCCUUUUGAGGCCCCCCUCUCAGACAGGGGGUAAUUUGCAGCUAUCCCUGAGCUCUGCGUUUUCGUCACGUGCGGUCAGAAACCCGCGUGGUUCUGGUGGGGGAAAUUCUACAAGACACAAGCUUAUUUUUAUAGAACGCUUUUUAGAUCGGGGGCCCUGAAUGUAUCCUAUAUGGCCAAAUUAACAAAGAAAUAUAUAUAUGCGCACUCAUAAAUAUGUACAGUGAUAAAGAACUAUUCUUGCUAAUACCAGGUUGUAGUUAUUGUAUUUAAACAGAGAACUUUGUCAUGUAGCAAAUAGGUGCAGGAAGCUCUGUGCUAUCUGCAGUACAAGGAGGGCCCCAGUUUUAGAUGUCCUGUGUGGUAACGACACGUGCAUUUAACCCUUGCUGCGGUGCCACUGCGGGAGCCAUCUGCAUUGCUUUUGCCUUCCUGCGCUGAUUAGAGGAACAAACUGGACCCUGACUAGUUGUCUGGAGAAGUGAGGAUGGAGUCAAAACAAAGGUAACUAACCCAAAGCUCUGGAGAUUCAAAACAAAGGUAACUAACCCAAAGCUCUGGAGAUUCAAAACAAAGGUAACUAACCCAAGGCUCUUGCUUGCUCACACUUCCCAGAGGAGGUAAAGGCAGAGGGUUUGUGGCAGGGGGUAGUUCUGCUCUCUGGCCCUCUCCCCAGGCAGAAGGGGCUCGAGGCCCGUCCGUGUCCCGACAAAGCGACCGCCCCUGCUGCCCUCCCGCGCUGUCCCCUGGCCGYGUCCGGAGCGGGGCCGGGCCCCUGCGUCCCCUUCCGCGCUUGUUCCGCUGCCAGCCCCACAGCCAAGGGCCGGGCCGGGGCUGCCCCACAUGCUCCAUGGGCCGCCCCACGUGCCCUGUGGGGUGCCCAAGUGCCYGCCUGGCAGAGGGCCCCGCAGCAGUGCCCCAGUUAGAGGUAACCUGGAGUGAAUUUCAGCAAGGACCRUUCCAGCUUCUCAGGUACAAAGGACCAAAUGUAACCCUUAGGUUUCCUAACUCCUUGUACAAAAGGGUAUUUUGUUACCUCAGUCUCUUUGGUUCUGUGAGUACACUCUGUACAUAA